AUGGAAGUGGAUCGAGAAAAUCCGGCUUUUGUUUUGCUUCCUGAGUCGCCACCUCAGCUGACGGAGGACAAGGAGGUGGAGAGGACGCAAUUUGAAUUGGACCAAUCAGAGAGCCCUGAGACGUCAUUACGGCUACUCUCACUUGAUCCACUCAAGCCAUCGUCACAUGAGGAUGAGGACGACUCCCACGAAAACCUUCAAGUCACCUUUGGGUAA